AGGAAUUGAAGUUUAGGCGGCCAACUGUAAUCGACGGAGAUACGGAUAGAAAGCUCCGGCUACCUUCGAUUCCUGUCAGAGCCAUCGUCGGAACUUAGGCCAUAGCCGCCUUUCUCGUCCAUCACUUCCCCCGGAAAAAAAUUCAAGUUAGAAGGUUUGGAAUUCGUAUGCUUCAUUGUAGGAUUAGCGAACAUUUCUGAUUGGUUAAGUUCUGUGUAAAUGUGUAAUCUUCAAUAUGCUGUACGAGGUUUGACAUUUCCCCUCUCCCAGACUGUGAUUGAAUUGAGGGUAUUUGAUAUAAAGGGCAAAGAUGCCAUCUGCCGUGCUUUCUAAGCUACCCCCUGUAAUAUAUACCAGUUUUAGAAGGGGAGUAGCUGAGAGAGGAGGCAGUCUGUGUAAUUGUUCCACAGGUUUGCAGCUUAGACAGGGUAAAUUGUUGUCUGAGGAUUCUGGGUUGUCAUAUUGUUCAAUUCAUUUGUUAUCUGAUACUACUUUAUUUACCCUAAGCAAGUCAUGCAAUAGGGGGCAAACCAUGGCUGCUUCUGGUUCAAAGACUGUUUUUGGAGAUGUUUAUAUAGAUGACAAGGUUACAAGUACAAGGCUUGACUUAAGUUCCAAGAAACAUACUGGUGUUUAUUUUGCUGAUCAAAGCCGUAUCGGUUGCCUGAAAGCUAGCGUGAGCUUAAAAAUACAGGAACAAUCGGAUCGUCAUUUGCCUUUAAAAAGUCAUCACACCUCCUCUUUGGCAUGUUUCUCUACCAGGGCUGCUCUUGAUGUGUUUGAUUCCAAUUCCAAGGAAGAACAGAUUGAAAAAUCUUCUGACCAAGCUACUCUAGGCAAGACAACCUUGAAGCUGCUUUCAGGCUCAUGCUAUCUCCCGCACCCUGCUAAGCUAGAAACCGGAGGAGAGGAUGCUCACUUCAUUUGUGUGGAUGAACAAGCCAUUGGGGUAGCGGAUGGGGUAGGGGGCUGGGCUGAAGUUGGUAUUGAUGCUGGAAAAUUUGCUCGCAAACUUAUGUCUAAUUCGAGAGCAGCAAUUCAAGAUGAAUCAAAGGGUUCCAUUAACCCAGCCAGAGUAUUAGAGAAGGCCUACUCAAGGACAAAGGCCGAAGGUUCCUCAACAGCCUGCAUCAUGGUCCUCAAAAAUGAGGGAAUACAUGCAAUAAACCUAGGGGACAGUGGAUUCAUAGUGAUUAGAGAUGGAUGCACCGUCUUCCACUCCCCAGUGCAGCAACAUGGCUUCAAUUUUCCAUAUCAGCUGGAGAGUGGGAACAAGGGUGACCUGCCAAGCUCUGGUCAGGUUUUCACAAUUCCCGCCUUGCCUGGGGAUGUCAUUGUUGCUGGAACAGAUGGCUUAUUUGAUAACUUGUAUGACAGUGAAGUUACUGCUGUUGUUGUUCAUGCUGUAAGAGCUGGCCUUGGUCCCCAAGAUACAGCGCAGAAGAUAGUAGCCUUGGCCCGCCAGCGAGCAGAGGAUAGGAACUGGCAGACACCAUUUGCUACUGCUGCUCAAGAUGCUGGGUUCCGCUACUAUGGUGGCAAGCUUGAUGACAUCACUGUUAUUGUCUCGUAUGUAUCCAGCAACACCAAUAUGUGAUCUGAGGUAUCUUCUCCAAAAUGGUUGAACCUAUUCAUUUAUAGUUAUUGCAUCCAUCUUGGUGGCGGGGUGGGGUCUGUCUCUGUAGUUUAGGUUUUAGCACCAAGCCCUAGUGAAUUGGUUUAAUGUGUUCAUUUUUGUUUACCCAAAAUUUGGUCCUUGCUUGUGUUUUGUCCAGCCCUACUCCAUGGGAGAGACACAUUGCUGACUGCACUCCCUCAGUUACAAGUGAAGAGACAUUUAGGUUGAAUGUGAGGACUGAGGAAGCCAAUGCCAUGACUGAAUAGUGUGGGAAAAGAAUUUUGUUUAACAGCCUAUUGAAAGCAUUUCAUGGCUCUUUGUUUCUGCAACUUUAAAGCAUGAUUAUGGUGUUAACAGACUAUUCUGACACUUUUCACCAUCUUUGCGCAAUCUGAGGAUGGUCUUUUUAAUUAUUCUCUGAAUGUUUGUGUGCGUAUGGUUUUUUCCCUUUUUCUUUUACCGCUCACAACUCCGGAUGUUAAUUGAGAAUAAUUGAUGCCAACAUAU